CCCCGGCGGAGGCAAGAGGUGGUUGGGGGGACCAUGGCUGACGUUUUCCCGGCCAACGACUCCACGGCGUCUCAGGACGUGGCCAACCGCUUCGCCCGCAAAGGGGCGCUGAGGCAGAAGAACGUGCACGAGGUGAAGGACCACAAAUUCAUCGCCCGCUUCUUCAAGCAGCCCACCUUCUGCAGCCACUGCACCGACUUCAUCUGGGGGUUUGGGAAACAAGGCUUCCAGUGCCAAGUUUGCUGUUUUGUGGUUCACAAGAGGUGCCAUGAGUUUGUCACUUUUUCUUGUCCGGGUGCGGAUAAGGGACCUGACACCGAUGACCCCAGAAGCAAGCACAAGUUCAAAAUCCACACCUAUGGAAGCCCCACCUUCUGUGAUCACUGUGGCUCCUUGCUGUAUGGACUUAUCCAUCAAGGGAUGAAAUGUGACACCUGUGACAUGAACGUGCACAAGCAGUGCGUGAUCAACGUGCCCAGCCUCUGUGGGAUGGACCACACGGAGAAGCGGGGCCGCAUCUACCUGAAGGCCGAGGUCACCGACGAGAAGCUCCACGUCACCGUACGCGAUGCAAAAAAUCUAAUUCCUAUGGAUCCAAAUGGGCUUUCAGAUCCUUAUGUGAAGCUGAAACUUAUUCCUGAUCCCAAGAAUGAAAGCAAACAGAAAACCAAAACUAUACGCUCCACAUUAAACCCCCAGUGGAAUGAGUCUUUUACAUUCAAAUUAAAACCUUCGGAUAAAGACCGGCGACUGUCUGUAGAAAUCUGGGACUGGGAUCGAACAACAAGGAAUGAUUUCAUGGGCUCCCUUUCCUUUGGCGUCUCGGAGCUGAUGAAGAUGCCGGCCAGCGGAUGGUACAAGCUGCUUAACCAGGAGGAAGGUGAGUACUACAAUGUGCCCAUUCCAGAAGGGGAUGAAGAAGGCAACGUGGAGCUCAGGCAGAAGUUCGAGAAAGCCAAGCUUGGCCCUGCUGGUAACAAAGUCAUCAGUCCUUCAGAAGACAGGAGACAAACUUCCAACAACCUGGACAGAGUGAAACUCACCGACUUCAAUUUCCUCAUGGUGCUGGGGAAGGGGAGUUUUGGAAAGGUGAUGCUCGCUGACCGGAAGGGCACAGAGGAACUGUAUGCCAUCAAAAUCCUGAAGAAGGACGUGGUGAUUCAAGAUGAUGACGUGGAGUGCACCAUGGUGGAGAAGCGAGUCCUAGCCCUGCUGGACAAGCCCCCAUUCCUGACACAGCUACACUCCUGCUUCCAGACCGUGGACCGGCUGUAUUUCGUCAUGGAAUACGUCAAUGGAGGGGACCUCAUGUACCACAUUCAGCAAGUGGGAAAAUUUAAGGAACCACAAGCAGUAUUUUAUGCAGCAGAAAUUUCCAUUGGAUUGUUCUUUCUUCAUAAAAGAGGAAUCAUAUACAGGGAUCUGAAGUUAGAUAAUGUCAUGUUGGAUUCGGAAGGGCAUAUCAAGAUUGCCGAUUUUGGGAUGUGCAAGGAACACAUGAUGGAUGGGGUCACAACCAGGACCUUCUGUGGGACACCGGAUUACAUCGCCCCAGAGAUAAUCGCGUAUCAGCCAUAUGGAAAAUCCGUGGACUGGUGGGCCUACGGCGUCCUAUUAUAUGAAAUGCUAGCCGGGCAGCCUCCCUUUGACGGCGAAGACGAAGACGAGCUAUUUCAGUCCAUAAUGGAGCAUAACGUCUCUUAUCCCAAAUCCUUGUCCAAGGAGGCUGUUUCCAUCUGCAAAGGACUGAUGACCAAACACCCAGGCAAGCGGCUGGGUUGCGGGCCAGAGGGGGAGAGAGACGUGCGGGAGCAUGCCUUCUUCCGGAGGAUCGACUGGGAGAAACUUGAGAACAGGGAGAUCCAGCCGCCCUUCAAGCCCAAAGUGUGUGGCAAAGGCGCAGAAAACUUUGACAAGUUCUUCACGCGAGGGCAGCCUGUCUUGACACCACCCGAUCAGCUGGUCAUUGCUAACAUAGACCAGUCUGAUUUCGAGGGGUUCUCGUAUGUCAACCCCCAGUUUGUGCACCCCAUCUUGCAGAGUUCAGUAUGAAACCCGCCACUGAGAACCAACGCCUCCCCAGCCCCCAGGCCCCCCCACAGUGGGAAAUGAUCCUUAACCCUAAAAUUUUAAGGCCAUGGCCUUUUCUCUUGUUCCAGAUUGAGGGGAGGGGGGCCUGAAAAUUUUAGGGUUAUUAGUCCAAAUGUGAGUAACUGUUCAGGGUCUCUCUCUUACAACCAAGAACAUUAUCUUAGUGGAAGAUGGUAUAAUGUACAGUGUCCAGUUUAAUUAUGUCGAAGUCCUGUCUGGCUGUAGGUUAACCCUUCCUAGAAAGCAAACAAGCUCUCCCCC